CGCUUGUUCACUCAUUCUGUUGUGAGACAUCGCCGAGUACGGAUCGCCGCAAAGCCAAGAAGCAAAGAAGAAAGAGUUUUACUACUCGAUAAAUAAAACACACACAUACACACAUAACAGAGUGAAGUGAGGAAAAAGUAGAAAGUGUCUUUCGUAAGAGCCUAACCGUGGUUGCCUGUUACAACUCGCUAUCAUCCCACUGUGUUGUGGAAUUUCCGGCAUCCGUAAAGUGUGUUCGCGUCGAAUGUAAAUAUUUUGGAGAUAUCGUUCCGGUGUACGAUUCCAGGAUUUUCGCAUAGUGAAUUUUCACGUUCGCGGAAUACGAGAAGAAGAAACAAAAGACGGUCCACGCACACACAGAAGUGGGAAGGAAUAAAACAAAACCUGAAAUUAAGUAGGUAGACGAGGUAGAGGUGAACUGAGUAAAGUUAUCGAUUUUCGAGUGUGAAUCGGGACGGAAAAAAGUUGGAUACGUGAGACGCCGCAUUCGGAUUGCAGAUUGCAGAGUGUUUUUUUGGUAGACGGUGAGAGAGGCGUUUGCAUACAACGAAUUAGGAUUCAUUAUCAGUGAGGAGGAUUAUAAUCACAACGAAAACACAAUGGCUUUUAUGAUGCCGGUGAUGAAAAAUGAGUUCGACAUCUACAAAGGUCGCCAGCGUCGGAUUUCCGAGUGCUCGAAUCAGAGUUCGUGCCACUCGCGGAAGGUGUCGGAAAGUUCCCGUUCCGACUGUCCGAGUUUGUCAACAUCUCCGGGCAAUGAGUAUAUGGCCGGUUCGCCGGCGCGCCACCGUAGCCACCCGAUGUAUAUGUCCCAUCUGGCCUCGCGACCACAGUUCUCGCGUAAUUCAUCACGAACGUCGCAGAGCUCGUUGAUAACGAGUCCCACGAAGACCAGCUCGGCCAGCAGCCCCCCGAAGGCCGCCUCCGGUAGCCAGAGCAGUUUGAACAAGUUCCACACGCGGCUGGUUGACAAGCUGCGCAAAUCGUUACGGAAGAGCAAAUCUUCCGAUGGUCGCUCAUGAGAAAGCACUCCGCUGACCAGUAGGGAACCUCCGGACGCCGAUAGGGAUUUACAAGAUGACGAGGAACAGGGCGAGGGAGAGGGAGAAGACGAGGAGCUGGUGCUGUCCGAUAGUGUUCUGCAUGUUACGUCCAAGCCACCGCUUCCCCAUCGCUCCAGCACACCGCACCGGACCGGCAAAAGCAACGGCGGCGGCGGCGGUGGACGGUUCCGAUCCAGGCGUGGCACUGUCAGUGCUCCGAGGUAAUUUCUGGCUGAUGACGAUGGUGACGCAGACGAGUCGAGUCGCAGACGAGGCGAGGGUGAUUACACAAAUGUAAGAGAUCGUAUCUUGUAUUGUUAACUCAAUAAGCUAUAAGUCGAUAUGACCAAUAUACAAAGCAUCAGAAUAAUACUUAUCCAGGAUAAACGGGUGCCAUUAUUGUACGUCUUUUUUUGUUCUGUCCCCUCGAAAAAGGGGGGAUUAUCUGCUCUCCGCUACGGAGAGGGGGAGAAGCACAAGUUUUUUGUACUCCAAAUUUCACACCGUAGGGAAACAAUUGGAUUAAUUUGUGAGCAGCAGCUUUAAGUAGGUUUUUUUACAUCUCUCUUUCACACUGUUAUCGAAAUUUUAAGUCUCCCGACGUCAUGCAUACAAUAUGACAAGAAAACAGUGCCGUGACACGGGUUAGUCAUCAUCCUUUGAUUCCGAUCGCUUGCUUAGCUAAUAACCAAAAAAAUAUUGCCAUUAUCUGAUGUUUGGUAACCAGUGCAGCAAAACACUUAAGCUUGUAUGUUACAUAAUCAAACAAUGGUCGUGUCCGUGUGACGCGUUCCGUUUUUGUGUACCAACAACAAUGAGAGAAAUUCUAAAGCAAAUAUAAAGAAAAUUGAAAAAGCAUUGUUUAAACGGGAAAUUUUAGCGUAUCAAUCUAAUCUAUAAUCUGUGAUACGUGCUGAAUAUAUAUAUAUAUAUAUUCACAUUAGAUAACUUGUAACAUACAAUCUGUAUCGAAUUUUGACUAUCUACAAACGGACCUGAACUUCAGCAAAAGAAGCAAAAAAAAGGUAAACAAACCAAAUGCUAAGAGUGCAUUGAUCGGAAGUGAAACGUUGCUUCCGGCGAAUCGAUAUCGAUUCGCGGUAGAAAAUAUGAUGCUAGGAGAGGAAACAAACGAAAACGAAAAAAAAACAAAACAUUUAUUCUCACGCAUUAUCACACAACACCUACACAUACAUAAGCCUGAGUGUAAAAGAAAUGAGCUGUGAUUCGAUGAAGGCAACAACAUAAUGUAUGCGCUAUGUGAGUGCUUGUACAUUUUAGAUAUCUCUUUCGCAAUCAUGCAAGCAAGCCAUACAUCGAGACACAAGCGGCAAGCAGGGUUGCCACAUUUAAUUCUGUUGAAUUUUCUGAACAAUACAGAUUUGUAUUUUCAGAAAAAAAAACCGUAUUAAAAUAUUAACGGAAAAAAUGAAAAGAAAGGUUUAUAUUCAAUUUGAACCAGCUGACCUGCCGAUCGUCCCGCCCAAAAUUACUUUUUUUAUAUAAUUUUUUUCAAACAUUCACGUUCUUUCACUAAGCGAACGUUCGUGCCCAUAACAUGUUUCACCGUUACAUGGAAUAAAAGUUUGGUACAGAAAAGUAAAUUUUCAUUCGUAAUUUUUCAUUUUCAAGGUGCAUUUCACAUAAGAAUCAAUUUUCAUUUUCGCUUCACACCAACGGAACACGAAGAUCAAUUCCGCAAACGCGAAAUCCAACUGGGCUAACAACGUUAUCAUUGUAGAACAUAUGAAAGGUGCAGUGUCUAAAAACGCUGACAUGUUUUUAGACACUGCACCUUUCUUCUUGAACUUGGCUUUGACAAUUGCUCAGUAACGUUCAAUUGGUCGCAGUUAGGUGGGUUGAGGUCUUUUUCGACGAACGACGAACUCGUGUUUUUAUCCGCUGAAUCAUUCCAACACUGGUUUUAAACUUCUUGGCCAAACCACGAAUGAAUCCAGACCUGUUCUUCUGAAUAUAAUUUAUAACUUUUCGGUCCAAUUAGGGACUUACUUGGUCCCGGCUUUCGUCCACUUCUGAUGAGAUCCUGGAACGGACACUCAUUACCGAACUUUGCGACGUUUCGUUUAGCACUUUCUGGACAAACUUUGAAGUUUUUUGCUAUAUUGUGGUAUGUAACACUCUUUUUGGUGCAUCAAUUGUGCAGAAUUUUCUUUUUAGUUUCCAAAUCAAUCCACGACAUUUCGAAAACAACUUUAUGACCGCGACUGAAUGACUUGUAUUUCGAUUUUUGACAUGUGAACAAAACGUGCCCCGAUUACACGGCAAAGAAAAGUUCACACGUUUGUGUGAAAUGUUUAAGACUACUUUUCGAUAGAUUCCUUAACGUUUAUAAGAGUCAAAUUUCACCUUAACAAACUGAUUCUUCUCUACAUUAGGAUUUAGUUUGGCCGCCUUCAGCUUCAAGGUGUCGAGGCAUACUUCCAACGAGGUUUUUAUUUGUUGCGAGUUGAUAUUCAUCCAGGCCUCUUCCACAGCUUUAAACAGUUUGUCGCGGUUGGUGACAUUUCUCUUGUCGACGUUUCGAUCCAAAAUGAACCACCAAUUUUCUGUUGGAUAUAAGUCCGGGCUUUUUUGGUGGCUAUUCCAAUAGCUUAAUACGUGGAGCACGGAAGUAUGUAGUGGUUUUGUGGGCGGAAAUGCUUAUGAUCGUUGUCUUGCUGAAAAAUGAACUUUUCGCGCCGACUCUCUAAGAUUCCUUUUCAAAAUGCUGAUGUAAUAGUCUGUCGUCAUUAUGCCAUAAAUUUUCUCAAGAUUACUCAAGAUCCGACCGAGCAAAGCACCCUCUCUGCAGCAGGUGAUAUUAUCACCUCCGAGUUUGACCUUCUUCUGGAUAUUUUUGUCGGCAAGAUUCUCGCCAGAUUUCGCUCAAACUUUUGCUCGUUGUUUGCGGCCGAAGAGUUCAAAUUUAUUUUCAUCGCUCCAGAUAACCUGCGUCUUACAAACAGCCUUAGCAAUGAAUACAACAAUUUCCCAUCAAACCUUUUGACAUCCCACAGCUGGGACCAAGUUAUAUCUGAGUCACUCAAUUUUUGCCCCAUAUAAUUCGUCUUGAGUAGCUUGAAUUCGUUAUCCAAGCUUUGUCUAUCACAUGUUUCACCGAAUUGAAGAAAAUGACGCAUCAAAUUUGGCAUGUGGAGGUUUUAGGAGGCAAGAAAUGUUUUUAUUGUGAUUCACAACGUGAAGGUAUUGAUAACAAAGAAAAUCCAUUUCGGGCGGAACAAAGUUUGCCGGGUUAGUUAGUUUAAAAUAAAUCUGUACAUUCUGUUUCUUUCCUGAAAAACUGUUAUUCUGUAUAUACAGAUUCUGUAUCUGAAAUUGGGUCGAAAAAUCUGUAAAAUACAGAACAUUCUGUAUAUGUGGCAACCCUGUAUGUGAGUGCUUGUACAAUAUAGAUUUCUCUUUCGCUAGCAUGUAAACAAGCGAAACAUCGAGAAUCAUGCGGCUCUUGCUCUUGUUUUGUCUUCUCUGUGUGUGAGCUCACUAAUGUCUGUUUCUUGAGGCGCUUCUUGUGCAUAUAUUUACACAAACCAUAAUCCUUACUCGUGAAUAUUUAUUCCCCACCCAACAAGCACUAUGAUUGUCUGCAGAAUAUUUAAGUAAUCCAUAUCUUGAAAGUGAUGACUUCUCCUCUAUAGUCUGAAGACGUAACUUUUAUCCCUAUUAGAUGUCCACCUUUUUCUCGAGCCCAUCACCACUUACACGCGUGGCUCUUUUCUAUCAAGCUAGUAUUAGGACUGCAUAACACAAAAUCUGGAACUUAAAUCAAAAACAAUACCUUCAUUGGUGUAGCAUUAUAUAUGUAUAUCACGAACAUUGAAGCUUUAUUUUUCAUUAAAGACUGCUGCAUAGAUUUAUACUUAGAUUUUAUCUUUUGUUAUAUUUAAGAAUAAGCAAAUCAAAACCCGAAAGAGUUACUAUAUUCGCAUUAUGUGGCGUAUACAAAUAAGCUGGUUAUUAUAUACAUAUAUAUAUCUUGUGUUGUAAAACUAACUUUUUUUUAUCGUGUACCAGCUGGGCUGUACGAAAGUGGACAGACAAAAACCAAGCGAAAUUGUAAACCACCAUACAAACACCAUCAAAAUUUCAGCAAAACAUUCCAUUUUGCCAAAAAAGAAACGAUGAAAAAAUAAACACAGAACUAAUCUCAGAAGGAAAUCGUGAACGAUAACUCCGAAAUUUGAUCAAACUUUUAUUUCGUAUCCUGGAUUCGAUAUCCCAUAAUUUUGUAAGUGCAACGAAUAGUGAAUUUCUGUCCUGUUUUUUGUAGAUGUUUGAAGUUUGUAAAAUAGUAUUAGACGGAAUAUUGUAUAUUUUGUAUUAAUAUACGACAACAUAUAUUAGACUUACAUCUACACACACAUGAACAAUAUUAUCUUGUAACGAAUAAAGGAACGAUUAAAAAAAAGACUUCAAUAAUACCAAAA